CUAAAAACCCCCUUUGUUCUAGUCUGUAGUAAAAUACCAUGACUUUUACAGUACAGCAAAGAACAUUCCCACAAAAAUUAAAAACUUUUUUUUUAAGAAAUAUUACAUACGUUUAGCCAAUACAUUUAUUUCAUGGACAGCAGCAACUUUAUACUUGUACAUGUUUUUUCAAUACUUUUCCAUAAGUUAAAAGCGCAGUGUUUGCUUAAGGGUUCCUGCUCUUUGAGCGCCUCCCAGCUUGAGGUGGAGACCCGCCACGGCACGCCUGCCUGCCGUUUAAAACAACUCACAAACAGUCCUCAAGCUGACACUUUAUUGAGUGGAGAAGAAAAAGGAGGAGCCCUGGUGUCCGUUUAUUCACCCGUCCCACCCUUUGACACUGUCUUAGUUUUUUCUGUUUGUAGAUACUGCAAGUUAGUGUUUUAAUUCAAACCAUGUAUAGGUAUCUGGGGGAGUUUGUCAGCCGCGCAGCCGCCAGCAGCGUGCUGGCCUCGGGGUGUGUCGACUCCGCUUUGCCCGCUUCCGCGACUCUGCUGCGCGUCCGCCGUUACAGCGAAGCCGUGGCAGAGAAAGACGAUGACCCUAACUUCUUUAGGAUGGUCGAGGGUUUCUUCGACCGCGGAGCUUCUAUCGUGGAGGACAAACUCGUGCACGAUCUCAAGACGAGAGAAACGCCCGAGCAGAAGCGGCAUCGAGUGCGGGGGAUCCUCAAGAUCAUCAAGCCCUGCAACCACGUCCUGUCCGUGUCGUUCCCCAUCAAGAGAGACAACGGGGAGUGGGAGAUGAUCGAUGGCUACCGAGCUCAACACAGCCAGCACAGGACUCCGUGUAAAGGAGGUAUCCGUUACAGCACAGAGGUGUCCGUGGAUGAGGUGAAAGCCCUUGCCUCACUAAUGACAUACAAAUGUGCAGUUGUAGAUGUGCCUUUUGGAGGAGCUAAAGCGGGGGUGAAAAUUAACCCAAAGAAUUACUCUGACACAGAACUGGAGAAGAUCACUAGAAGGUUUACUAUUGAGUUGGCUAAAAAAGGCUUCAUUGGGCCUGGCAUUGAUGUCCCAGCCCCGGACAUGAGCACAGGAGAAAGGGAAAUGUCCUGGAUUGCUGACACAUAUGCUAACACGAUGGGCCAUCAUGAUAUCAAUGCUCAUGCCUGUGUUACCGGUAAGCCCAUCAGCCAGGGUGGAAUCCACGGGCGUAUAUCUGCCACUGGCCGUGGUGUCUUCCAUGGCAUUGAAAACUUUGUCAAUGAGGCUGCUUACAUGAGCCAGCUGGGCCAGACCCCAGGGUUUGGAGACAAGACAUUUGUCGUUCAGGGUUUUGGUAAUGUGGGCCUGCACUCCAUGCGUUAUCUGCAUCGUAAUGGAGCAAAGUGUGUGGGUGUCGGAGAGCUGGAUGGAAGCAUCUGGAACCCUAACGGCAUCGAUCCCAAAGAGCUGGAAGACUAUAAGCUGGCCAAUGGCACUAUUGUUGGCUUUCCUGAUGCCACCCCCUAUGAAGGCAGCAUCUUGGAAGCUAAGUGUGAUAUCCUGAUCCCUGCUGCAAGUGAAAAACAACUUACAAAGAAAAAUGCCAACAAUAUCAAGGCCAAGAUCAUUGCAGAAGGAGCUAACGGUCCUACUACCCCUGAAGCUGACAAGAUAUUCCUAGAGAGGAAUAUCAUGGUGAUCCCUGACAUGUACCUGAAUGCUGGAGGUGUGACGGUCUCCUACUUUGAGUGGCUGAAGAACCUAAACCAUGUCAGUUAUGGCAGACUGACCUUCAAAUAUGAAAGGGACUCAAACUACCAUCUCCUUAUGUCUGUUCAGGAGAGUCUGGAAAGGAAGUUUGGGAAACAUGGUGGAGCCAUACCCGUUGUUCCCACAUCUGAAUUUCAAGAGAGGAUUGCUGGAGCUUCUGAAAAGGACAUUGUGCAUUCUGGAUUGGCUUACACAAUGGAGCGAUCAGCCAGACAAAUCAUGCGCACAGCCAACAGGUAUAACCUUGGGCUAGACCUAAGGACAGCGGCCUACGUCAACGCCAUUGAGAAAGUCUUCAAAGUGUACCAUGAGGCUGGUCUAACCUUCACAUAGACGGUUGUAUUAUUCGCCUGACUCUAUAUCUGAGUCUGUUUAUCUGCACAGACCCGAGGUAUAUCACUUAACCCCUCAGCUCCUCACGUUUACAUUUUAUACAUCCAAAUAUAUAUGUCAAUCAUUUAUGCAUGUGUUUACCAAUAUGCAUCUUAAGAAUCCUCUGGUCUUUCAUAGUUUAUCAUCCUUUCAAAUGUUCAUGGCUUUUAGAAAAGCUUUAAUGCCAAAGUCCCUUUAAUGCACUCUCCUUGCCAUGUUUCAGAGCAUAGCGGGAAUGUCUCGACAGAAAACACCGAUCAGUUUUACAGCUAUUUUGUAAUGUUUUCUUCAGAUCAUGUGUUAAUGAAGUCGCUGCAUAUUGAAAACACAUUAAACCUUAGAGUCACAGCCGCACAUUGUCAUUUCUAAAAACCAGUUUCUAGAAUUUCUAGAUGGUUACUUUUUUCCCCCACCCAUUUUGACACAAUUAUGGUCAAGUGGGAAAGGGAUGCAGGAUGAAUCUCAGGCUUUUUUAUAUCUGUUACCAAAAUGUUGCACAUAAAUAUCUGGUUUGCUGCUCCUUGGAACAGUUUUCAGUGAUAACCCAAAGCUUCCUUUGUUUUUAAAUGUGUCCUUGUUCUUACAGGUCAGUGUUUAAUUUCUUAGUAAUUGGCAAAUGUUAGGGCAUAUAUUUGGGAGCAAAUGUUUAUUUUCAUCAUAUUAGCAUUUAAUAUGAAACACCCUUUAAAAACAGACUUUGUAUUGCCUUUUUAAAUUGUCUAAAAUUAAUAAAAUGUAAAAGAAAAUG